AUGCAGUCAGAGUUCGACAUCGACAACCACGAGACGCACGCGCAUCCAGCGUCGCCGCCUUGCGUUCCGCCACAGGCGCAAGGAAUACCUCUACUAGAACAUGAACACCCGCCACUCAAGUUUGCGCGCCGCCAUCACAGCGACAUCCCCAGCCAUGACGAGUCCGGAUAUGCGCACUACAAGGAUAUGCAGAAAAUUGCCUUGGCGAAUGCCAUACGCGGUUUCGAGGACGAAUUGGGAUCACGCUGCGGCAUCAAGUGCUUGGAAACACAGAAACACAAGCUGAUCGUGUCCCAUCACAGCCAGAGUAAACUAUCACAGCAGGAGCUGGCCGAUCUCCAGAAAGCGACACAUUUCGACAAGAAAGAGUUACAGCAAUGGUACAAAGGCUUCCUGAAGGACUGUCCAUCGGGCAUGCUCACCAAAGAGGAAUUCCAAAAGAUCUAUAAGCAGUUCUUUCCUUUCGGCGAUCCGUCAUCAUUUGCAGAUUACGUCUUCAAUGUCUUCGAUGCAGACAAAUCCGGCACAAUCGACUUCAAGGAGUUUAUUUGCGCAUUGAGCGUCACGAGUCGCGGCAAGAUGGAGGACAAGCUCGACUGGGCGUUCCAGCUGUACGACAUUGACGGUGAUGGCAAGAUUAGCUACGAGGAGAUGUUGGCAAUCGUAGAAGCUAUCUACAAAAUGGUCGGCUCCAUGGUUAAGCUCCCGGAAGACGAAGACACCCCCGAGAAGCGCGUCAAGAAGAUCUUCCGGAUGAUGGACAAGGACGAGAACGGCAGCUUAGACAUGGCUGAGUUCAAGGAGGGCUCGAAGCGCGACGAGACUAUCGUUUCCGCCCUGUCUCUCUACGACGGUCUUGUGUGA